AUGCCUCCCUCGCUUCUCGAGCCCCACGUUUGCACAGUCCCCUUCGUCAAAAACCCCCUUUUGCGGCACCCUCCCCGUUCUCCCGGGUCCACCGCCACGUUGGGACUUGGAACGAGGCCGAAAACAAAGUGCGAGCCCACUUUUCAACGCGGUAAGGAGAAGGGUCAAAGCGCGAAGAUCCGGGAGGAUGAAUGUCAUCUUGCCGGGCACGGCCUGAGCGUAUCGACGCGUAGAAAGAAGGUCGAGACAAUAGCCAAAUGGACUAACCGACAACCACCGACUGUCCACAGCAUUUUGCCUACCCCCCUCGUAAGCGAUGAUUUGGUUGUGGAAACCCAUCUGGCCAAUUCCACAAACAAAAUCGGGGAUUCAGUAGAUACAUCGCCCCGGUAA